AUGGCAAAAGAUAUUUUAAAAGUUUCUCUUUUAACUCUGGGGACGAUUGAGAUUCUUGAUCUCAGAGAGAAUCUCAGUCAACGUCCGUUUGCAUCGCGUGAUCUCGCUAAGUUCAUCUGUAAGAUGAAUCAUCUAGAGAAGCUCAAACUCUACGGUCAGUAUCAUGAUGACUUCUACUCAACAGCAUCAUCGAUGGCAUCAACUACAAAGCAAAUAGACACUCUUGAUCUCUAUGCUGAUCCCAGUGAACGUCCGUCUGCAUUACGUCACCUUGCUCAGUCCCUUUGUACAUGUUGUAAGAUGAAUCAGCAUCAUGAUGACUUCUACUCUUCAUCAUCCUCGAUGGCCUCGACUGCAAAGGAUAAAUGCAACACGAGCUCAACUGUGACUAAUCUGACCGUUACUGAUAGGACACUAAAAGAAUGGCAGGAUUGUGGAUCGAUGUUUGACAAUGUGAAGAGGAUCACCAUACAGAUACAGGACACGAUCAGAUGUGACGUCAUCCAGAAAAUCCAUCUACCAGCAGUGACUGAGCUCACCAUUCAACCAGAACAGUAUGCUAUGCAACCGGCUUUUCUCCACGAUGAUCCCACUGCAUUCCACAAGCUCUCAUCUCAGCUUGUCAAGGUCACAUUCACAGAUCUCACCAUUGGUAACGAUCAGACCGAACACACCAUUCAAGCUUUCAGAUCAACACACGAUCUCAAACAUCUGAGGAUCCUGGGAUUCAUAAGAUGUGGGACUGAUGAGAGCUUAGAUCCUUCUAAUGAUGAACAUAGGAUACAGGUGGAGAUAGUACAUGGCGAACCAGAAUGGUAA